AUGAGCGCGUGUCCGGCGUGGUGUCCAGCUGCCGCGGAGCGCGGGCGGACGGGAAGUUGCGCCUCAGCCCCGGAGGAGCAGCAACUUUUAUAGACUUUCAAGUCCGCCGCCUGCAUGCGCGCAGCAGACCAAGUUCUGAGGGGGUUCGGACUCUGGGAUUGAGCAUCUGAAGAGCCCUGGUGUCAGACCUGUGCGUUUAGGUUAUGUGUUAUCCAGGGAGUCUGGAAGAGACCAGGAGGAAAUCUGAAUUCCCCGAAGAACAGGUUUCUGCUGUGAAUCUGGGAAUGGAGCAUAAAUGAAAGGGACGUUAAUCUGGAUUAAUUGAUCAGCUGAGAGAAAAACGGCAGAAUGCAGCAGAGGGACCUACUGAGCAUGUGCAGAAGGGCGCUGCUGCUUACAGUUUGUAUGGUGUCGCUCCUGGGACAACUGACCAGUGCAUCGUCACAUCGUAGCCACAUAGUUCAUGUGAAAGCAGGAACCUGCGAGGUAAUUGCCGCACACCGAUGCUGCAACAAGAACAAAAUCGAAGAGAGAUCCCAGACUGUCAAAUGCUCCUGCUUCCCUGGACAGGUGGCGGGAACAACGAGAGCAGCUCCAUCUUGUGUAGACGCUUCAAUAGUUGCGCAGAAGUGGUGGUGCCAAAUGCAUCCCUGCAUGGAUGGAGAAGAAUGUAAAGUUCUGCCAGAUCUCAAAGGAUGGAGCUGCAGUACAGGGAACAAAGUUAAGACAACUAAGGUGACACGAUAGUCGUGUGUUUCCAGGAAAACCAUAUUUGGAACCAGACGUUUCUUUGAACAUAUUGGACAUUUUGGAUACAAUAUGGUUUAAGAAGAGGCAGAAAUAAAAUGGACCAAAAUGGGCAACAGUCAUGGACUUUUCAGUGAACUAAAGAAGGAAAAGAACCAGGAAGCAUCAUUGCCAAACAAAAUCCUGAUUUUUGAAUUAGCAUCAACAAUAGCUCUCUUUGAGCUCUGCAGCGCACCAAAACUCUUUGUAUUAUAGUUCUAUUCUUAUGGACCAGAAAACUCAACCAUGAUGAUAUUUAUUGACUUAAAAACUUCAGUGAUGGAAGAGGGGAAAAAAUCACUCUACAAACAAACAAAGUUAUGUGUUGUGAAACUUCUGUGUCAUACUCUUGCCAUGACGAGCCGAGGGACUCUUGAUGCAGAUCUGUGUGGAAGAUCUUGUGAGAUUAUAAGCAUUUUCAUUUCUUUAAGCCUUAUGAAACAGAUAUCUUUAAUGCUUCUUUUGUUGAUUCAGAUGCGUCUAGCUUUUAUUGUAUUAUGUUGAUUAGUAUGCCAAGUCCUCUUUUCAAAGACAACAGACCCUCUUCAAAUAAUAAAUUCCACCCCCAAAAGGGUAAUAUGUGACUAAAAGUCACCAUCAGUCAACAUAGAUGAGUUUUGCCAACACGGUAUAAAUGGUAUCUGUUGUUUUCAAAGCCUGGUGAAUAUUAAUUUCAAAUGUCAAUAUUAUAUCAAUAAAUCUAUCUAAAUGAAUAUUGCUGUUGAGAA